UACAUCGCUGCUCGGGUUUGAUUUUUUACUUGCAGUUUUGCCUGUUUUGUCAGAAAAGUUGAAAAUUGUUGCAUUUUGGAAAAUUCGUGUAGACGGCCCAGAGUCCGCGAAUUUCUGAGGUUAUUUUUUAACUUGUGAAAGUAUUUUAUAAUUGUCUAUCAGGCGUUACAUACAAAUUUCAAAACGCUUUAAGGAAAAUUUGUGUACUUAGUGCCUGGGUGUGACCACGAUAAGGUAAAUCAUUUGGAUAGAUUAGUCAUCUUUUCAAAAAAAAAAACAAAAGUCGGUAAAAUGACUGAACGUCACACUUUUGGAGGAACUGUUAACCCAAUCACAUGUCACGCUUGGAACAAGGAUCGUACCCAGAUUGCCAUAUCUCCCAACAACAAUGAAGUGCAUAUCUAUAAACGCGAAGGUUCGGAUUGGAAGCUGCUCGAUGUGUUGAACCAACACGAUUUGCGUGUGAUGGGAAUAGAUUGGGCCCCUAAUACAAACCGGAUUGUAACUUGUGCGGUAGACCGAAACGCAUACGUUUGGAGUCAAGGAGAUGAUGGCAAGUGGAAACCUACUUUGGUGCUGCUCAGAAUAAAUCGUGCUGCCACAUGUGUACGUUGGUCUCCUUUGGAGAAUAAGUUUGCCGUUGGUUCGGGAGCUCGAUUAAUUUCGGUUUGCUAUUUUGAGUCGGAGAACGACUGGUGGGUUUCAAAACACAUCAAGAAACCGAUUCGUUCUACGGUCACUUCUUUAGAUUGGCAUCCUAACAAUGUGCUACUGGUCGCUGGUUCGACCGAUUAUAAGGUGCGCGUAUUCUCCGCUUUUAUUAAAGACAUUGAACAACACCCUGAGCCAACGGCUUGGGGCCCGAAAAAACCUCUCGGGCAAAUGUUGGCAGAAUUUAAGAAUUCAACCAAUGGUGGAGGAUGGGUUCAUAGUGUUAGUUUUUCUGCUGACGGAAAUCGUAUAUGUUGGGUUGGCCAUGACAGUGCUAUAAAUAUUGCCGAAGCUAACGGAGGAAACAUUGCUGUCAAACUUAAAACUGAAUAUCUUCCUUUCCUAUGCUGUGAGUGGAUAUCCGCUCAGUCUAUAUUGAUGGCCGGUCACAGCUGUGUCCCAUUGAUAUAUACGUUCGAUGGAAGCAAGAUUGUUUUAUCAGCUAAGCUGGACCAAUCUACAAAGAAGGAGCAGGGAGGAAUUUCAGCUAUGAGAAUUUUCCAAUCACUGGACCGUAAUUUACGUACUGAAAACUCCGAUACCAACCUUGAAUCGAUCCAUCAAAAUGCUAUUACUUGUGUUUGCAUUUAUUCUGGUAACAAGGGCAGUGCCCAACGGGUCAGUACUUCCGGCUUAGAUGGGCAGUUGGUUAUUUGGGACCUUAAUACACUCACUCGUUCUAUGCAAGGGCUUCGUAUGUAGAUGACCUGAGAAAACUUCAGGAAUCUACGAGAUAACAUUCUUAUAUCUGGUGUUAUCAAAAAUAGUUCGAUUAAAUGGUAUAUAGUUAAGAUAAUUCCAUUUUAAACGCAUGCAUUUGUAGCUAACAAUUGAAAUAACAUCUUCAAUAAAUUUAUU